GACUGUUCCCUGAGCAAUGAGAACGAGAUCUACCUGCGCAACUUCUUGCCGGAGCUGGGGAACUUCACCCAGGGGAUGUACAGGCGCUUGGCCAGAAAAGCACACACAGGUAGAGAUCACUACAAUAUCCACAAACUCUCAGCUGAGGAGGUUCAGUCCAACCAGGCCAUGAGCAUCCCAGUGUCGGUCCUGCUCACCUUCCUGGCGCUGUCCACCUGCCAGGGCCACAGCGUCACCCUGCUGCAGAGCUCCACCUUCCUGAAGGAGAGCAUCACGCUGCUGAGCAAGCUCCUGGAGACCAAGGUUUCCUGCAACAAUAUGAACGUGACCAAUAUCUUUGCGGGUGGUGAGAAAGAUGAUGACCUAGAGAUCUUAUGCAAAGCCACCACAGUUGUCUUGGAGGGUCAGAGCUGCCACAGGCAGCUGGAGGGCAUUCACCUCAACUUGCUCCGUAUCCUCCAAAGGAAGAGCACAGUCCAUAAGGCCCCAUGUCCCGUGGCAACAGGCAACACUACGUCCUUGACUGAAUUCCUAGUGGCCUUACACAGACUCCUCCAACGAUUAGUAAAAUCCUAG